GGCCGCCAAAGCGAAAGAGAGUUGCAGAAGUCGAGGAUGGUCUCUCCCCGGCCAUGGUGGACGUGGUGAACAUGUCUAGAGUGUCAGAUGGACCUGGGUCCCCCUCCUGCUCGACGCCCCGUCUGCGCCAUCCUGAUCUGCCUGCUCGGGGCCGCGCGCUGCUCCGGAGACAGAAGGAUGUGUCCGUGUCCAGAGGUUCCCGUCAGGAAUGACACCCAGCCGCCCGCCAGGAGCUGCUUCCAGGUGAACGACACGUUCCGCUACACCUGCAAAGAACCCAACCUGAGGAAGGCGGGAACUUCCAAUUUCAUCAAAUGCAAGCAGGACGGCAACGGCUCUCCCCAUUGGUCCCCGCUCCACAUCAGCCUCAGGUGUAUAGCGGACCCGAACAGAACCGCCCGGCCCCCAGCAGGCGACCCGGCCCCCGCGGACCUCAACACAACACCACCACCAGAGAGCCCGGUAACAGAGGCUCACACUGAUAUUCCCCAUGACGUCACCACUGCCACCGCAGUCACUGCAGCUCCCUCCAGCCCACAGAGGAGCAGCUCAGAGCCCACAUCGCCUGGUCUGCAGGCCCCGACGGGCCACUCACACGCUGGACAAGAAGACGGCGUGAGGGAGACCGAAGCGCCGCGCCCGGCUCCGGCAGCCUCCAGCGCCGCCCGCGCGGGGAUCGGCUUUGCUUCGCUGGCGAUCGUCGGCGCUUUGAUCGGACUCGGCUUCCUUUGUUAUAAAAGGAGGUCAAACAGCGGCAUCCCACACGAGAUGCCGGAAGAAGAGUUCCCCAUGAACAACGUGCCAUCCGAGCUGUGAACGGGCUCGUGGGUCCGACCCGCCGGAGCUCGUGGGAUCGUCCCCGUGCUGCGAAGAACACAUUUUAUAUUCUUUCGGUAUCACCAGAGAGCAUAUAGCACAAAAACCACGUAGCCUAUGUUUCUGUUGUCAUGAAAUCUAAUGAACAUACUAAACCCAACAAUUAAUGAAUGAAUCCCUCCAACAAGCCUCAUAAAGCUCACAUGGCGUUGUGCCAUUGUUCCCUAAAUGUUAGGAUCUCUGUCUGCCCUGCUGUUGUUCUCCUCUGUUGUCCCCUCCCCUCCUCAUGUGUGUUGUCGUUGUGCUUUUGUUUUUGUUUUCGUCUCACCUGCAGUUUCCCUCCUCCGAACUCCGCCCACUGUCACGCCUUCCUCCAGGAGAGCCAGCUGGAGGCAUCUCACCUGAUCAUCUCCAGCUGGCUUAAAUACCCGGUCCUGCUCUUGCUCACUGUCAGGUCGUUGGUUUACCAACCCGAAGCCGGUCCGUCCGGCCAUCCUCUCGCCCUGAGAGUGUUUCUUCCCGUCCUGAUUCCGUAACCUGUACCUUCUUGUUCCCGCUCAGCGUAGAGACACGGUCGUCACCUGAGUGAGGAGCCAACUCUGACUGUUUUUCCUUUUUUUUUUGCGUGUUCGUUCGAGCUUCCCUCCCGACCUCGGAGCGAGAGGCUUUGGUCCGAGACCCCUGCUUUUGUUAUUCUGUUUUGCCUUGUCCUUGUUUUUGGAAGAAAGAGCUCUGGUUGAAUUCAAGCUGUUGUCCGUCUGCGUUUGGGUUCAAUCUCCAAACCAACUCUUAACACUAAAAGCCAUUUAAAGUCACAUCGCCUAAACUUUUUAUUUAAAAAAAAUAAUCUCGCUCUAAAGCCGAAGUACUUUUAUUCGGAUAACCAGGGCGGCCAAUAUAAUAACCUAAAUGUAAUUCAGCAGAACUUAGAGGGUGGCCACUCGUCCCGUGAUGAAUGAUGACGCACGAGGAAGUCACCGCCACACUUCCCCAAUCUAAAUAAGUACCCCUGUUUGUUUUGCAUGUUUUCUUCUCUCCAAGCUUCCCCAUCAUGGAUCCUCAUGACGUAAAGUAUAUAUCCUGAUAUCCCUCAGAUGCCUGUAACACUAUAUCAAUGUAAGAUUGUUAAUCCCCCAUGUCUUAUUUCCAGACGCCUGAUUUCUGUGGUCAAAUUCAAAAGGUUUUAUAUUGGUUUUAUUCUGCGAGCCUGCCUAUGUUUUCUAUGUAAAAGUUGAAUGCCCCAUGGGGUCAGCAGCUGUAUUUAUAAACUGUAUUUUGUAAUGCACCGUCUGUGUGAUCGAUGAGAAUAAAAAAAUAUUUAAAAAACA